UUUGGCAAUAGUUAAAGCGAUAAGACUUUUUCAAAAAUUUCUUCUCUUCUUUAUAAUAAUAUUUUUCGUUAAAAGGAUAAUCCUUAAAAUUAAAACUCGUUAAUUGCCUUCCAUGGCUGGCGAAUUGCAAAAACAUGGGGUUGUUCCCGAUGUGAUUGAUAAGGUACCACCAGCCGUAUUGGAAGUGGUUUAUCCAAAUAAUGUUGUUGUUGAAAUUGGUAAAGUUUUAACUCCUACUCAAGUUAAGGAUCAACCUACAGUCAAGUGGACUGGCGAUGCCAAUACUUUUUAUACUCUUUGUAUGACAGAUCCCGAUGUACCCAGCAGAAAAGAUCCUAAAUUGCGUGAAUUGCAUCAUUGGCUAGUUGGUAAUAUACCUGGCAGUGACGUUAACAAAGGUGAAACUCUCUCUGAAUAUAUUGGCUCUGGUCCACCAAAAGGAACUGGACUUCACCGAUUUGUUUUCCUUCUAUAUAAACAACCUAAGAAACUAACUUUCGAUGAGAAACGUUUAACAAACAAGAGCAACGAAAACCGUGGAAACUUCUCUAUGAAGAAGUUCGCAAAGAAAUACAAUCUUGGUGAUCCUAUUGCUGGAAACAUGUACCAAGCUGAAUUCGAUGAUUACGUACCAAUCUUGCACAAGCAACUUGGUGGUUCUAUCUUCUAA